AUUGUAUUGAUCUUAAAUUUAUUUUUGAAAGCACGCGUUUAUGUACUUGGUCUACCUUUUUUCCGUUUCAAUGUUGGCGCAUAGUGGGUGCAUUUCCUUCAUAUAAUUCUUUUUGUAGAAAAAAGCAAUAAGACAAGACAAUAGAGUAAAAGGACAAUUUACCUAAUAUAAUAGUUUUUUCUCUUAAAGACACACACACACACACACACACACACACUGGGUGCCUUUUUUCACCUUUUACUUUACAAAUUUUUUGUCAAAUAAUUAAUGUACACUAGCACUUACAUACCUAUCAAAGUAUUACUUUUAAUUAAUAUUUAAUUGUUAAUUAAUUUUAAUUUUAUUAUAAAAUUCUAACGGUAAGAAACAAUUAAACUUGAAAUUCAACUUGAAAAAAAUUGAUAUUAAAUGUAUCGACUUUUUAUGAAAAAUCGAUUAUAAAAUGAGCAACGAAAAAUCAUAUUUGUAGCAAAUGUCAGAAAAACAAUUAUAAAGCAACAAAAUUUGUGGUAGAUAUCUCAUUAUGUCAUCUAGAUAAACAAAAUGUAAAGUAAUCCAUUUCCAUAAUUAGAAAUGGAUAUUACUACUAAUUCAAAUCUUCGUUGAAAUUAUAAGAUAACGUAAUAGAUUUUGUACAAGCUACCGAUCAGAUAUAUAGAAGUUGAUACUUAAUGUAGACAAAAUAAACAUUAAAAGUGAAGAAAAACUAUAAUUCAACAAUGGACACAUGAUUCUUUAAAUUUUAAUAUUAAAUAAUCAGAAAUAACUAAUAAAGUUAAAAAAACGCAAUAGAGAGAUGCAUAUAAUUCAACUAAUCAAUGACUAUCGUAAUUAUAAAAAUAAAAACAAAAUGCACAAAAUUAAAUAUGUAAAAGACAUUAUACAAGAUCUGGAAAACUAUGGACCAGCUAGUUUAAUACACAUUGCUAUUCUAAGUAACAUACUUAAAAGACGCAUUAAUAUAUGGAACGCUAAUGGUAAUUUAAAUAAAAUCAUCGGAAGGAAAAAAUUGGGACCAUCUAUAGAUAUUGAAUAUCACGCAAACAAUUCUGAACAAAUCGGUCACUGGACCCUAAGAAGUAGCAAAGAUCCCGAUAACGUCAUUAUUGAUUUAAACAGCUGCCUUUUUUCGGUGAUCGGUUCUCAAAUCGAACAAGAUCCAUUAAAUCUUCGUAAAUGGACUGUGUUAAAACUAAAAAAAAGUUCUCAGAAUUUGGCUAAAUGGUUAAACAAAAUUCAGUGGAAGGGGAGUGCAGGAGUAUUCUUUAUGAUUGGCGGAGUAAACGGACGUGGACCCGAAAGUCCGAGAACAAGUCCCGAAGAAAUAAGGUACUCAGAAAGGUACCCAGCAGACAGCCAGAAACGAGACGCUAGAAAAAUUCUGGAUGAUUCAGAGGGCAGGCAAAGUGAAGGUGAAUUCCCUAUUAAUAUAGGCGAAUCUAGACAGAAGCAUGUCGUAAUGGUCAGGGGACCUCCAAGACGUGUAGGUGCCAGAGCUUAUACUAAGAAACAUCGCUGUAAUGGAGUGUCUGCUUUUGAAACAGAAGACCACCAAGACUAUGUCACUCAUAGGGCAUUGCUAUCAAAAUCGGGUCAAAAAGCAUUACAUGAACUUGACAAUGCCAAUGAAUAUGCAAUAACAAUACCUGUUUCAGAAUUAGUAGAAGAAGGUCGCGUAUUUCCUAGAGGAAGCCAUUGGCAUAAUGGAAAUAAAAUAAGAGGUUCAUUAGAAAUCGAAGCUGUCAUAUUAACUUUAAGACAUCAUAAGGGUCAACGAUAUGUCAAAAGUGCAAAACCUUUUAUAGCUAGUAUUAUCCCAGUCUUUAAAAAUUUUGAAGAAAAAAAAUGUAAAGAAGUAAUAAAAAGAUACCCAUCAAGCAACAAGGUAUCAGACGCUAAACAAAUUCUGGAUGAUUCACACAAGUUAAAAAACGAGUUUGGUGAACAAGGCCAGUCUAGAAUAAGGCAUGUUGUAAAUGGCAAAAAUGGAGGUGUCAAAGCUUGGACUAAGAAAUAUCCAUGUAAGACAAUGUGUGCUUUUCAGACAGAAGACGACCAAGAUUAUGUCACUCAUAGGGCAUUGCUAUCAAAAACGGGUCAAGAAGGAUUGAAUAACCUUUACGGAAUGUCAUACAAAGAUAUGAAGAUACAUUUUAAAGAAUUAAUAGAACGAGGUAUCACAUUUCCUAAAGGAAGCACUUGGAAAAAUGGAAAAAAAAUAGAUGGUCCAUUAGAAAUCAAAUCUGUCGGAUUACAUUUAAGACAUUUUGCAGGUAAAGAAAGAGAUGUAUUUGCGGCCCCAUUUAUAUUACGUGUUUACCCAAUCUUUUAUAAAGAUAUAAAAAUAACGGAAAAAUGUCCAGAAAUGCCUGAGACAAAAUCCAGGUACCCAACAAGCAACAACAUAAAACACGCUCAAACGAUUCUAAAUAAAUCAGAGGGUGCAUUAUGCGAAAUUAAUCCACAUAAUCCUAUAGAAAUAGAUCAAGAAACUAGAAGGGGGCAUAGCAGAGAGAGGCAUGUAGUAGAAAGAAAAAAUGGAGGUGUCGAAGCUUAUACUAGAAAAGUUCCAUGUGAAGGAAGAUCUGCUUUUCAGACAGAAGAAGAUCAAGACUAUGUCCUUCAUAGGGCAUUGAUAUCAGACCCGGGUCAAGAAGCACUACAUAAACUUAACAGAUCCAAUCAAAUUGAAUUAAUUGUAAAAACUGAAGACAUAAAAGACCCACAUGCCACAUUUCCUAAAGGAACAUAUUGGUAUAGAGGAGAAAAAAAAAAUGGAUUAAAAAAUAUCGUAUCUGUCCAAAUUUUUUUAAGACAUCAUGAGAAUAAAAAGGGCGAAAAAACUGCAGAACCUCAUAUACUUACUAUGUUUCCAACCUUGGAAGGCGUAAAACUAAUAAAGUGUACAGCGGAAGAAGAAGCGGAACUUAAGAAAGAAAAAGAAGCUCGUAUAGCUCUCGCUGCAUCCACAUCUGAAACUGCCGUUGCAUCCACAUCUGAAACUGCCGUUGCAUCCACAUCUAAAACUGCUUCUUAAAACUCCUAAACUGCUCUUAAAACUGCUUCUAGAAUUAUUCCUAAAACUACUCCUAAAACAAUAGAAAUAAGAAGAAAUUCUAACUACGGAGCUCCGAGUAGAAAGCGGGUUGCAAGGAAGGUACUUGUAAGCGCGGGAGCAUGAUAUUACACAACUGUCAGAAUACACAUACAUAUAAAAAUACACAUGUAAUACUAUAGACUUACUAGAAUAGACUUAUGAGGUGAAAAAAUGGUAAUAGAGGUAUCCGUAACUGAGAAAAGGAUAACUGUCGUUAACUUGGGUUGCUAUUUCUUUCUAAUGCAAAAUAAUGGGGAAGUAUAGUGACCAAUAAUGGUGUCAGAGCGUGAGCGUGUUAUCAUAGUAUGCGUAGCGUGCAUACUCUGACACCGUUAUUGGUCGCUAUUAUGCUUCCCCACUAUUUUGCAUUAAAAAGAAAUAACAAUUCAAGUUAAAGUCAGUUAUCUUUUUCUCAGUGACGGAUACCCCCACUACCUUCAUGAGCAGUCUAUUCUAAUAAGUUUAUGUAUAAUACAUAUGUAAUAUAUAUAAAAUAUAAAAUACGUACGCGUUUCAUAUUUGAAUAAAUAUAAAAUUCCGUUGGCAUUUUUUUAUAAGCCUGAUGUGUUAUAGUCAAUGAGAUACUAACGCUAAAGAGCAGAUCGCAUUAUGAUGUGCAAUAACUGUACGAUUUAUCAAUGAAAAACCAUUAUAGAAAAAUAAUAUGGGUCAAAAGUAAGAUGAGAAGAAAUAUGAGAAGCAUUUUUAUCUGUACAAUCUUACUUCUAGCCUUACUUCUACAAUCACCGUCACAGUACAAUUAAACGCAUAGACCGCACAAAAAAUGUCGAGUAUUAAACCGUUUAAUAAUGAAUGUAAUAUAUUGGUUAUGAAAUUGAUUAAUUAUAAAAUUUAAAAAAUGUAUUGAUAAAACUAUCAAUAAAAUUGGGAACAGCUAAGUGAGAGUAAAAAUCACAUCAUUUUGUCAGCAAGAGAAUAAUAAAGGAAACUAAUUACAAAAUUAUGGAUAAAUUUUUAUAAUUGCUUUUUCCCUCUUGCAAAUCUCUCUGCGUUACUCUCUUUUUCGUCCGUUCGCGAUGUCUCCGACCGCACAUCCAUAUAUCAUUCCAACUCUUUCUCUUUUUAAUACGUUGCAUUCACUCGUUUUGACUUAUGCGUGAAACAAUAAUUAUCUUGCUUAUAUAAUUUAAUCUUUUUUAAAAAAUUGAUUAUUUUUUUAGUAAAUUUAAUAUUUUUUAUUAUAAUAUUUUACAUAAUAGUC